UUAACCCUGGACAUGGCCUCAGCUAUCAACAUGCCAGGCCCCGUGUGCCUCAUUGAGAAUAUUAAUGGGAAACUGCUGGCUAAUGAGGAAGCUUUGAAGAUCCUGUCUACCAUUAAGCAGCCUGUUGUUGUGGUAGCUAUUGUGGGACUCUACCGCACAGGAAAAUCCUACCUGAUGAACAAGCUGGCUGGAAAGAAAAAGGGCUUCUCCCUGGGCUCCACAGUGCAGUCUCACACCAAGGGAAUCUGGAUGUGGUGUGUGCCUCAUCCCAAUGUGUCAAGCCACACCCUAGUUCUGCUUGACACCGAGGGACUGGGAGAUGUAGAGAAGGGAGACAACCAGAACGACUCCUGGAUCUUUGCUUUGGCGAUACUACUGAGCAGCACUUUUGUAUACAAUAGCAUGGGAACCAUCAACCAGCAGGCCAUGGACCAACUACACUAUGUGACUGAGCUGACAGAUCGAAUCAGGGCAAAGUCCUCACCUGGAAAUAGUGAGGUCGAUGACUCAGCUGACUUUGUGAGCUUCUUUCCAGCCUUCGUGUGGACUCUGAGAGAUUUCUCCCUGGAGCUGGAAGCAGAUGGAAAACCCAUCACUGUUGAUGAGUACCUGGAGCUUUCACUGAAACUAAAACAAGGUACUGAUAAAAAAGUUAAAAACUUUAAUGAGCCUCGAUUAUGCAUCCGAAAAUUCUUCCCCAAGAAGAAGUGCUUCAUCUUUGACCGGCCUGCUCAAAGGAAGUACCUUGUUCGUCUGGAGCAGCUACAGGAGGAAGAGAUGAACUCUGAGUUCCCAGAACAAGUUGCAGAGUUCUGCUCCUACAUCUUUAGCCAUUCCAAGGCUAAGACUCUUUCAGGAGGCAUCAUAGUCAAUGGACCUCAUGCCACAGUCCAUGCUAGAGAAACAUUUCCCAACAGUUUAUGUGUGGUCAACAUCUUCCUCAUUGUUUACUUUACCAUCUGUGCUACUUUCUCACAGGACAAAUUACAAGCAAAGCAAGAGGAUUAUUGUAAACAGAAUGUACAAGCAUCCACAGAUUAUUGCAAAGUUUUACUUCAAGAAAUUUUUGAGCCUCUAGAAGAUGAUGUGAAGCAAGGGCUAUUUUCUAAAGCAGGGGGCUAUCAUAUCUUUAUUCAAAAGAAACGGAAACUGAAGAAUAAGUACAAUGAGAUACCCAGAAAGGGGGUGCAGGCAGAAGAGGAACUAAAGAAGUACUUGGAAAUGAAAGAAGAAGUGGCUGAUACACUUCUCAAGACUGAUCAAUCACUCACAGAAAAGGAAAAAGAGAUCGAAGUGGAACGUGCAAAGGCUGAAGCUGCAGAGGCUGCAAACAAAAUGCUGGAGGAACUCCAAAGGAAGAAUGAGCAAAUGAUGGAACAGAAAGAAAGAAGUUAUCAGGAACAUGUGAGACAACUGACUGAGAAGGUGGAGAGGGACAGGGCCCAGCUGCUGAAAGAGCAAGAAAGAACCAUUGCUCUGAAACUUCGGGAGCAGGAAAAAUUUCUCAAGGAAGGAUUUGAAAAUGAGAGCAAGAAAAUGCAAAGAGAGAUCCAGGAUAUCCAGAGGAGAAACGAACCAUCAGGCCCAUGUAGCAUACUCUAA